AUGGCGACCAGUCUCGACGACAGCAAGCGCCCAGCCGUCGUCGCUCUACUUGAUCUGGACUGUUGGUACGUACAGGUCGAGAAGAAGAAGCGCGGCCUCAGCGCGGAGGCUCCGUGCGCAGUGCAGCAGUAUGGCAGACUGCUCGCCGUCGACUAUGUCGCUCGACAGUUUGGGGUGGAGCGCGGGAUGAGCGUCGACGAGGCAAAGAAGCUGUGCCCGAACUUGCUCACGCCUCACGUGCCUGUCAUUGGCGCUGACGUGGCUUGGGCGCAGGACGACUCUGUUUCGGUCUCGCGGCCCAAGGACGACGCGGGCAAGGCAUCGCUCGACUUGUACCGCAAUGAGUCCGAUGAGAUCUUCUCGCUCCUCGCAGCUCAGGCGCCGCUGGAAAAAGCAUCGAUUGACGAGGCGUACGUUGACCUGACCGACCUGGCGAGAGGUGAGCUCGAGACAGUGCUCUCCGACCCCGGCGCGUGGGCGGCGGCGCGCGGCUCCGGCAAGUGGGAUCCCGAUGCGGAGGACGACUAUGACGCGCUGCUGGUCGCCGGCUCGAGCGUGUGCAUGCGGCUCCGAGCGAUCGUCAAGGAGCAGCUUGGCUACGAGAUGUCUGCGGGCAUCGCCGAAACAAAGAUGCUCGCGAAGCUGGGCUGCCACAAGCCCAACCAGCAGACGGUCGUGCUUCGGCGCGCGGUGCCGAAUCUCCUCGCCGACGUGGAGGUGACCGCGGUUGGAGGCCUCGGCGGGAAGCUGGGCGAGGAGGUCAAGGAGAAGCUGCCGCGGGUGCGGACGGCCUUUGACCUCGCCACUGUCGGCCCCGUUGAGCUGAGGCGGCUCUUUGGCGAGUCAACGGGGGAUUGGCUCUACGCCGUGGGCGCAGGCACGCUGUGCGAGGACGUGAAGGUGGGCUACAAGCCCAAGUCUCUGAGCGCCUUCAAGUCGUUCAAGCCGUGCAGCAACAAUGACCUCGAGACGCUGGGCAAGUGGCUCGGCAUCCUCGCAGACGAGCUGGUAGGGCGGCUCAAGGCAGACGAGGCGCGAUGGGGCCGCAAGGCAACGGCAGGGUGCAUCAGCUGGUGGGCGCCGAACGGAGCAAGAGAUUGGUCGAGCGGCGGAAAGCAGCAAAAACGCAACGGGUGCUCGCGCAAGUUUGCGCUGCCCAACGGCGGCCGCAACUCUGAGGCGCUCGCCGCGGAGGCGCUCAACAAGCUCCGCGCUGCUGCGGUCAGUGGCGCUGGCAGCAUCUCGAGGCUGCAGCUCUCCAUCCCCACCUUUGUGGAUGUGCAGGCAACGUCGGUGAUCGACCGGUUGCGCGCCGCCCCCGCCGCAGCCCCGUCGUCGCCAAAGCCGUCACUACCCACGGCAGCGACCAGCAGCGGCCCGACUCCCGCCGCGGCGGCCGCGGACAGCCGCGGCAGCGAGGAGGCGCCGAUCGAGCUCUCCGACGACGGCGGCGAUACGACGGAGGCCGACGAGCCGGAGCCGCCGCCGCCCUCAGCCACUCCACCGCGAUCCCGGCCUGCCGCUGCGAGCCAACCGACGCGCCGCCAGCCGGCUGGCAGAUCGACUGAGGGGACGCCAAAGCUCUCUGAGAUGUGGAAGCGGCCGCGAACGUGGACGUGCCCAAACUGCACCUACGAGAACGACAACAUGCUCUUCCUUGCCUGCGAAAUGUGCAGCGAUGUCCGCCCGCAGGGCCAGUGA